AUGGGGGGCGUUGACUUACUGGACUCUAUGCUUGGUUUGUAUAUAAUUCAUUUGAGAUCAAAGAAAUGGUACAAAUACAUGGUUUUUCAUAUGGUAGACAUGUGUGUUGUAAAUGCUUGGAUACUUUGGCGCAGAAACAAUCCAGAAGUUUACAUGUGUCUCUUUGAUUUCAAGCAAGCUGUUUCAGAACACUUACGCAAAUCUGGUAAAACUGUAAUAGCAAGAAAAAGAGGGCGUCCUGGAAAUCACGGUAAAGAUGGAACGCCUGAUUCUAGGCACGGAAAUCCGGCUUUAUCCAAUCCAGACGCACCAACUAUACCAAAGAAAAUAACGAAAGUCCCUACCAGACAUCAAGAUGUACCUUUAAACUCCGCGAGAACUGGCAAAGUAGACCAUAUGCCUUAA